AUGCCCUCCGUGAUGGAGAAGCCGAGCGCGGGCUCCGGGAUCCUGUCCCGCAGCCGGGCCAAGACGGUGCCCAACGGUGGACAGCCCCACUCGGAGGAUGACAGCAGCGAGGAGGAGCACUCGCACGACAGCAUGAUCCGCGUUGGAACCAAUUACCAGGCCGUAAUUCCGGAGUGCAAGCCUGAGAGCCCCGCACGCUACAGCAACAAGGAGCUGAAGGGGAUGCUAGUGUGGUCACCCAAUCACUGUGUGUCAGAUGCCAAGCUUGACAAGUACAUUGCGAUGGCCAAGGAGAAGCAUGGCUACAACAUCGAGCAGGCGCUGGGCAUGCUCCUGUGGCAUAAGCACGAUGUGGAGAAGUCACUGGCUGACCUGGCCAACUUUACCCCAUUCCCUGAUGAGUGGACAGUGGAGGACAAGGUGCUGUUUGAACAGGCCUUUGGCUUCCAUGGCAAGUGCUUCCAGCGGAUCCAGCAGAUGCUGCCCGACAAACUGAUUCCCAGCCUGGUGAAAUAUUACUACUCUUGGAAGAAGACCCGCAGCCGAACUAGCGUGAUGGACAGACAGGCACGGCGGCUGGGGGGCCGCAAGGACAAAGAAGACAGUGAUGAGCUGGAGGAAGGACGAGGAGCUGUGAGUGAGGGAGAGCCCGAUGCAGGCGACCCCAAGCGGGAGCCUCUGCCCUCUCGGCCCCUGAAUGCACGCCCAGGCCCUGGGAAGAAGGAAGUCCAGGUGUCUCAGUACCGCCACCACCCCUUGCGAACCCGACGGCGCCCACCCAAGGGCAUGUACCUGAGCCCUGAGGGCCUAACUGCAGUGUCAGGAAGCCCGGACCUGGCCAACCUCACACUCCGAGGUCUGGAUUCCCAGCUCAUCUCCCUCAAGCGCCAGGUGCAGAGCAUGAAGCAGACCAACAGCAGCCUGCGCCAAGCCCUGGAGGGCGGCAUCGACCCACUCCGCCCCCCUGAGGCCAAUACCAAGUUCAACUCCCGCUGGACCACAGAUGAGCAGCUUUUGGCUGUCCAAGCCAUCCGUAGGUAUGGCAAAGACUUUGGGGCUAUUGCAGAGGUGAUUGGGAACAAGACUCUGACCCAGGUGAAGACCUUCUUUGUGAGCUACCGUCGCCGCUUCAAUCUGGAGGAGGUGCUGCAGGAAUGGGAGGCCGAGCAGGAUGGGGCCCCUGGAGCCCCCGUCCCCAUGGAGGAGGCUAGGAGAGGGGCUCCCUUGCCAGCCCCAGCCCUAGAGGAAGACGAUGAGGUCCAGAUUACAUCUGUCUCAACAUCUGUGCCCCGAUCAGUGCCCCCUGCACCACCGCCCCCUCCACCUCCCACCUCGCUAUCCCAGCCACCCCCGCUGCUGAGGCCACCUCUACCCACAGCUCCCACUCUGCUUCGCCAGCCACCCCCACUACAGCAGGGCCGCUUCCUCCAGCCCCGGCUGGCCCCCAACCAGCCCCCACCGCCUCUCAUCCGCCCUGCUCUGGCUGCCUCCCGCCACAGUGCCCGUCCUGGCCCUCAGCCCCCACCCAUCCUGAUUGGAGCCCCUCUGGAGCCUCCAGCACCCUCACUCUGA